UUGUGAAUAUGGCCUAGGGGCCAUAUUAACACAAGAAUAUGAUGGGGGAAAAUAUGUAAUAGCUUACGCAAGUCGAACAUUAUCAACUGCCGAAAGAAAAUAUGGAGCGACAGAGCGUGAAGCAUUAGCCAUUGUAUGGGCAACAAAAUAUUUUCGUCCAUACCUCGAAGGUAAUAAAAUUUAUAUUAGAUCAGAUUGUAAAGCAUUAGAAUGGAUGCGUACGGCAAAAGAUGUAACAGGUCGAUUGGCCCGGUGGGCGAUGAAAUUAUCUGCUUAUCAAAUUGAAGAAAUCAAAUAUCGUCCGGGAAAAUUAAACGCUAACGCCGAUUCGUUAUCACGCAAUCCAUUACCAAAUGAUGAUAUUAAUCAACUCGAAGUGUCAACAAUCGAAACAGUUGUUAACUUAUGGCAAAAUACAAACAUUCUUGACGAUGUAAGAAAAGAACAAGAAGCUGACUCCAAAUUAAAACCAAUAAUAGAAUUAUUAAAAACAAAACCAUCAACAGAUUUUAAUGAUAAACGUAAUCCCCACAUUCUUAUAAAUGGAUUAUUGUACAAAAUUAAAAACGCCAAUAAACAUUACAAUCAACGUAUCGUGGGUGCAAAACAUCUGCUAAUUAUUCCAAGAGCAAUGCAAAAUAAAUUAUUGGAAUGGGCGCACAAUCAUCCAACAGCUGGACAUGGGGGCCAACAAAAAACAUUAUUUAGAUUAUCAACAAGAGUAUACUGGAAAUCAAUGAGAAAAGAUGUAUUUAAGUAUAUAGCUGCAUGUCAAGAAUGUCAACAAUUUAAAUACAAUAAUGCUCCAACAGCAAACCCAAUGCAAAUGCACUUAGUGAAUGAACCAUGGCACACGAUCGGCAUAGACAUUAUGGGUCCUUUACCGACAACGGCCAGACAAAAACGAUUUCUUCUCGUCGUGGUAGACUACUUCACCAGAUGGAUCGAACUAUUCCCACUGAAGUCAACUACAUCUACCGAUAUGGCCAAUAUUCUCAUGAACGAAGUAUUUUCAAGAUAUGGAUUGCCACAACACAUUGUAUCUGAUAAUGGCCCGCAAUUCGUCUCAAAUUUAUUUAAAAAUUUUUGUGAUACAUUAGGUAUUAAACAAAAUUUAACUGCAAAUUAUCACCCACAAAGCAACAUGACAGAACGUGUCAAUAGAACAUUAAAGCCGUUAAUUGCCAUAUAUGCUCAACAACAACACAAUUCAUGGGACGAUGAAAUUCAAACAUUAGCAUUUGCAAUACGUACCGCGGUGAACGAAACAACAGGUGAAACCCCAGCUUUUAUGAUGUUUGGUCGAGAUCUCAGAGGUCCACUUGAUCUAUUAGUUGGUGAAACAACAGAAGGACCUAGAUCAACAACAGUUGAUCACGGAUUAAUUCAAGAAUACAAGAGAAAGUUGAUCAACAAUUUACGAUGUGCAUAUAAUGUUAGUCAAGAACAUGCAGAAAUUGAAAAGAUAAAACAAAAAGAAAAAUAUGAUCAACAUACAACACAAAGAGAAUAUACUGAAGGUGAUCUCGUAUGGGUAGCCACUCCAACAGCACAAAUUGGAGACAAUUCAAUGGGUGGAAAAUUACAACCACAUUAUCAAGGUCCAUGCCGUCUAAUCCAGCAAUUAUCAUCAAAUACAUUCACGGUACGACGGCUAAAGGAUAACGUUGAACUUGGGGCAACGAAUACGGAUCGCCUCAAACCAUACAUUGUACUACAGAGAAACAAUCAAGAAACAACAACAAACGACAAAACAAUCAAUCCAAGAGAAACGACAACGUCAAUCAAUAAUGACGAGCCAUCAAUAGAUGAUCUAGAUCAAGGAAAGGAGAGACAAAAUCCACAAUCAACCUGUCAUCAACCAAUUCAACGCCGAGUGUCAAAUCGUCACCGCAGGGUGCCGACACGAUACAUGGCGAAUUAAACCAUAGCUGAUAUCAUCGAUUCGACACGUAAGCAGAUGGAAAAAAAAAAAAAAAAAAAAUAUAUAUAUAUAUAUAUAUACAUAUAUAUCUACGCGGUCAACCAUGAAAACCAAUCGCUUCUAGCGAAAGAAACGAAAUUAUCAUUAAACAACCAAUGAAUCGAAUCGAUGCACUUCGAAAAAAAAAAAAAGAAGAAAAAGAAGAAGAAGAAGAAGAAGGAGGAGGAGGAUUAUUUCUCCAUUAACAAGCGCCAGGUACAUUUCAUAACUUAGUUAAAAGAAGAUGCAACACAACACGACGAUGCAAAUCCUAAUGGCAAUAUGUAUUAUACAAGUUGUUACAGCAACGACAAUUAUUCUGCCCAAACGUGAUACAUUACACAAAUCAUCGGGCCUUAUAAUGAAAUAUUUAUCGGAAUAUAAACCAGCAAA